AUGGCUGCCCCUCACCAUCAAGGCGGGCUGAAUCCUGCACAAAAUGACCAUCCGAGCGACUGUCACCCAGUUAUGCGCAGAAAGCCGCUUUCAACGAGACCUACGGACUCAGGUGGUGACGAGCUAGUGGCUCAUGUAAAGCGAAACACCCAUGAGCACGAUGAGGAUGAGUUUCUGGGGCUCAGCCAUGUGCCACAAGAAAGCAACAUUGGCGGUGCGAUCGACCAGGACCUGAGCCGAGCAGGAGUCAAUACAGAGCUUAUGACACUAAACGAGAAACGCGUAAACUCGCGGGACUUACACAAAACCCGGGAGCCGUUUUGGACCCGGAAAAGCACGUUGUGCCUGUUCAUUGCUGUGUUUGUUGCUAUGGCAGUGUCUCUCCUCAGCCUGUGGUCCCUGGACCAGUCCCGGAACGGUUUCCACGUUACAUCAGGGUCUAAACAGUACGCGUGGACCUACGCGCCUACAGCUGUACUUGUCGUAGUCAUCAGUCUGUGGAGGCAAGUUGACUACCAGUGCAAGAUGCUGCAACCUUGGAGGGAGCUUUAUGACGGCUCAGUCAGUGCGGACCGUAGUAUCCUAUUGGACUACAUCUCCCCUUUACAAGCAACGAGUCUUAUUAAAGCAAUUCGAUACCGACAUACAGCGGUGAUCGCAUCGAUCUGCGGAUUUGCGAUAUUAAAGCUCAUUGUGUUGUUCUCCACUGGUCUUUUCGUACUCAAACCAACUAUUCUGCAAGAUACACGCUCUAUCAAGCUAAGCACAAGUUUUGAUGGCAAAGAAUUCUGGAACUACGUGCAAUUUGAGCCAAUUUUCGACGAAAAAGAACCAAUAUACCGCGCCGUGGGAGCAAGUUGUGUGCAAACGUACUACGGCAUACUGCGCGGCGACGUUGAAACGCCGAAGACUGUAGUAGAAUUGCGUACUUUCCAGUGCUUUGAGCUUGACGACGACACUGCUGUUCGUACCGUUUCUACAGAGGUAGAUGUCUUCGAGCCGCAGAUCUCUUGUGAGAUAGCAGAACCAGAUCUCACAAAGGAGCAGGACCAUCAGAACAUUGCACUUCGCAGCGAGACUUGCUCUGUGGGCUUCGAGCAUCAGGACAAGAUUAGAUUCGACUACGAAAAGACGACUCGGGUUUGCGAAUCUAAGGCUUGUAAGGAUCCGCACUUCAUCUACGUCUGGGAGAGGGUCAAUUGCUCCAACGUGGGCAUGCGUGGCGAGUACGUCGAAGACUUCGGGCUAGAUGCGAGCACAAUAGAUAAUCUUCGCUAUGCUUUGGUGACUGGAACCGUCACAUCGAGACUUGCCUCUGGACAAGAAGUCGAGCAAGAAGCGGGGGCCAAACAACCUACGUAUAAUGUCAUAUUGCACGAACCACUUUCCGCCGCCGUGAUUUGCAAAGUCGAUUACACCAUCAGUCGGGCAAAUGUAACUCAUGAUCCUCAUAGCGAUACCUACAUGCUGGGGUCCUUGACAGACGAGCGGCACCUGGAGGACCACACAGGGGUCAUGCUUGGUGAAAUACUGUACGGAGCGUUGAUGGAGGCCAGCAACCUGCCUUUCGAAUCCGACGAAUUCGUCACUGAAACGGGCGGAUACCAAGGAUCCGGUGCUCGCUCUUUUUACUCAUUAUUGCAGCAAACUUUGGGCCACAACAACUCAAUGCAACCUCUGUUGUCACCGGAGAGCCUGCAGAAGGCUGCUACUCUGUGCUACGCCGGCAUGUCGACCCACUUCAUGCACAAGUCGUACCUCAGGACGACCGAUAUCCUGUCAGAAGGGCGCGCAAUCUACGAGAAAGAACGCCUUCGUAUUGGUCUGACAUCGAUGAGCAUCAUGACGACAGGUUUUCUGAUGGUGGUCUUGUGCACGUUGUGCCUCGUUCUCACCAUGUCAUCCGUCCAACCUCCCGACAAUACAGACUCGCUCGCAACUCGAGCAAUGAUACUACGGGCGAGUUCAGACCUACAAGAUAUUCUUCGCACCGCGGGAAUGUCACGUACGAGCCAAUUGACCGCAUUGCUCGACAAAUACAAGUUCACGGUCCUGCCUCAUCGCCAGUGUAAGAUCGAAGUCACGCCCGCCGAGCUGGGCUUGGCGAGAGAAGUCCCAAAGUCGAAGCAGCAGCUGUGGGCUCCUCUCGCAGCUAAAUACCCCAUGAUAAGCCUCAUGUUCUUGAUGCCUUUGGCUAUGAUCGUGGUCCUCGAAGUGCUCAAUCGGAUUUCCGUGGCUAGAAACGGCAUCCUUGAUGUAUCUACAAACGAGGACACGGCUAGCAUUGUGUCCCGUUACGCCACAGCUCUCGUGAUGCUGUUGAUCGCUACAUGUUUCAACAACUUUGACUUUCUGGUUUCGUCAUUGGCAUCAUUCAGUCUCUUAUGCAAAGGCGCCGUUUCCGCAAGCAGGUCCAUUCACUUCCAUCCACUCGGAAGCAUGCCAUUGGUGGCAAUCAUGCAAUCGUUCCGGGCACAGAAUUUUGCCUCGGUGUUCUCAAAUUUUGCGGCCAUGACUGGGAGUACACUCACAGUGGUAGCAUCUGGGUUGCUAUUUGUAGACCACGCUGUAACUUUUGAUUCACCAGUCAGAGUCACUUUGGAAAGUCGUUGGGACAUCACGAGGACCAACUUCGAUAAUGGAGCAGGCGUCCUGUUGGAUCAAGUGCAGCACGGGAUGAAUACCAUGCCCAUAACGAUCUGGAACAACACUGUGUUUCCCAUGUUACGAUACAUCCGGACGCCGACUGGUGAGUAUGUUGUAGUCGAAGGAACGAGGAACUAUACUAUGCGGGUGGAUGCGCUCCGUCCACAGUUGGACUGUAAGAUCGUGCCCGACGGUAACAUCAUCAUUGUUAAGGACGACAAAUUGAGGGUCAUCAAGAUUGAAGUGCUUCCAGAAUUGCCUCCAGGCUGCCAUCGUGGCGGACAGUACGACACAGACAGCUUUACGAACAUCAGCGUACCCCUCGAGGGGAUUGAAGACCCGAGCUUCGUGGGACGCUUUCUGGAUCUACAUUUGGAUUCAGGGCCAGAAACUGCGCAAAAUCGGCUUGGUGAACACAUUGUGGGUGCAGGAGAACAAGCAGACCGUGAUGUUCAUGUUCAAACUCCGGAUGCUCAUCCAGGUUGUCCAUCCAUCGGCAUAGUCUUUGUCAAAACUAAUGAGAGUUUCGACCCCAAACACAACGACAUAACAGCUCUCUUAUGCUCGCAGAAGCUGGAAAUGGUCAGCAUCGACUCCAUCUACUACCGGAAUGGCUCGCUGCGGCCACUGGUUGAUACACGGAAUCCGCAUAUGUUCUUGCACGAGUCAACAACAUAUCUAAUGAAUGUUACGAACGGCGGAGAGACUUUCUCAUGGCCGGUGCAGCAUUACUUGUCCGAUCCUGGUGGAUCUCUCUCUCGCUUCAACAAAAGCUUGAUGUACGAGAACCACCAACCUCUUGACCUUUUUUUCGACCAUGUCACCUUUGGGCCGAAUGGGACUGCCCUUGAAGAUAUGGCUGGGCCUGCAAAUCGAGGCACACUCAGUCGAGCAGUACAAAACUUGUACAAUAGAUACAUGUGCCUGGUCAUUGAUAAGAAGUUCCGCGAGCCUAUCAGUCCCGAUGAUCAGAUCGCUGACGACAGCGACACGGUGCAAGGGACGAUGUGGGUCCAGCGAUCACGAUUGAAAGUCAACACCACUUCAAAGCUCGCCCUUCAAAUCAUGCUCGCGGCCAUGACAGCUCUCGGACUCGGAGCUUGGUGGUUGACAAACUUGCGACGCACAUUACCAAGAAAUCCGUGCUCAAUAGCCAGCACGAUGGCUCUGCUAGCCGGAUCAGAUCUGUGCGAUGGACCCGACCCUCUCAUACCAGAUAAUGCUCUGUCGCUGAGUAAGCAAGAGCAACUUGAGCUAUUCAGUGGUUGGAUGUUUAGUCUCGGGUGGUGGCGUAAGACCAAGAAGUCCAACAGCAGCGAUGCACCUGCUACUGAUGAAGCGGAGUCUUCAGAGACUUUGCUUGCCAAGCAAGAAAGUGAAGAGUGGAGGUUUGGAAUCGAUGUUGUUAUGCCUGAGCGACUGGGAUUCCGUGAGAGAACACGGGGUCGAAGGAAGGGACGUGAGCAUGUGGAGGCAGAGUAA